CAGCUCGCCCAGUCCCUGGCGACCUGGCCCAGUCCGGGCCGCGGUCCCAGGUCCCGGCCCGGCGCCAUGGAACGGCGCUGGCCCCUGGGGCUCGGGCUGCUGCUGCUGCUCUACGCCCCGCUGCUCCCGGGGGCGCGCGCCAAGGAAGUCAUCCUGAUGGACACAAGCACAGCACAGGAAGAGCUGGGCUGGCUGUUGGAUCCCCCAGAGGAAGGGUGGAGUGAGGUGCAGCAGCUAAUGAACGGGACACCUCUAUACAUGUACCAGGACUGCCCCCUGCAAGAAGGUGGAGACAGUGACCACUGGCUUCGCUCCAAUUGGAUCUACCGGGGGGAGGAGGCAUCCCGUGUCCACGUGGAGCUGCAGUUCACUGUACGCGACUGCAAGAGUUUCCCUGGGGGCACAGGGCGUCCGGGCUGCAAGGAGACCUUCAACCUUCUGUACAUGGAGAGUGACCAGGAUGUGGGCAUCCAGCUCCGCAGGUCCUUGUUCCAAAAGGUGACUACAGUGGCCGCAGACCAGAGCUUCACCAUUCGAGACCUUGCAUCAGGUGCAGUUAAACUGAAUGUGGAGCGCUGCUCGUUGGGCCGCCUGACCCGCCGCGGCCUCUACCUCGCUUUCCACAACCCUGGUGCCUGUGUGGCCCUGGUGUCCGUGCGUGUUUUCUACCAGCGCUGCCCUGAGACUGUACAUGGAUUGGCCCAAUUCCCUGACACUCUCCCAGGACCCGGUGGGUUGGUGGAAGUGGCAGGGACCUGCGUGCCCUAUGCCCAUGCCAGCCCUGGCCCCGCAGGAGAGCCCCGCAUGCACUGCAGCCCCAAUGGUGAAUGGUUGGUGCCCGUGGGGCGAUGCCACUGCCAGCCUGGCUACGAGGAGGGCAGCGAGGGAUGCCUGGCCUGCCCUAGCGGCUCCUACCGGGCUGACACGGACCCACCCCAUUGUCACAAGUGUCCCCAACACAGCACAGCCGAGUCUGAGGGGUCCACCGUCUGUACCUGUGAGAACAGCUACUACAGAGCCCCUGGGGAGGGCCCCCAGGUGGCAUGCACACGUUCUCCCUCAGCCCCCCGAAACCUGAGCUUCUCCAUUUCGGGAACUCAGCUGUCCCUGCGUUGGGAACCCCCAGCAGAUAUGGGAGGACGCCAGGAUGUCAGAUACAGUGUGGGGUGUUCCCAGUGUCGGGGAGCAGCCCUGGACGGGGGCCCUUGCCAGCCCUGUGGGGGAAGUGUGUACUUCUCUCCAGGGGACAGUGGGCUCACUGUGCUUUCUGUGUGUGUCAACGGCCUUGAACCUUAUGCCAACUAUACCUUUAACAUCGAAGCCCGAAAUGGAGUGUCAGGGCUGGGCACCUCCAGCCAUGCCAGUGCCUCACUCAGCAUCAGCAUGGGGCAUGCAGAGUUGUUAUCAGGCCUAUCUCUGAGACUGGUGAAAAAAGAACCACGGCAGCUGGAGCUGACCUGGGCAGGGUCUCGGCUUCGCAUUCCCGAGGGCAACCUGAGCUACGAGCUCCAUGUGCUGAACCAGGAUGAAGAAAGGCACCAGAAGGUUCUAGAACCCAGGGUCUUGCUGACCGAACUGCAGCCAGACACCACGUACAUCGUCAGAGUGCGAAUGUUGACCCCACUGGGCCCCGGACCUUUCUCCCCUGACCAUGAGUUUCGAACCAGCCCACCAGUUUCCAGGGGCCUGACUGGAGGAGAGAUUGUAGCCAUCGUCUUUGGAGUGCUGCUUGGUGUAGCUCUGCUGCUCGGGAUUUUUGUCUUCCGUUCAAGGCGAUCUCAGCGGCAACGGCAGCAGAGGCAGCGUGAUUGCGCCACCCAUGUGGACCGAGAGGAUAAGCUCUGGCUGAAGCCUUAUGUGGACCUCCAGGCCUACGAGGACCCUGCCCAGGGGGCCCUGGACUUCACCCAGGAGCUAGAUCCAGCCUGGCUGAUGGUGGGCACUGUCAUUGGGGAAGGAGAGUUUGGGGAAGUCUAUCGAGGGACGUUAAGGCUCCCCAGCCAGGACUGCAAGACUGUGGCCAUUAAGACCUUGAAAGACACAUCUCCAGAUGGUCAGUGGUGGAACUUCCUUCGAGAGGCAACGAUCAUGGGCCAGUUCAACCACCCACACAUUCUGCAUCUGGAAGGCGUUGUCACAAAGAGAAAGCCCAUCAUGAUCAUCACAGAGUUUAUGGACAACGGAGCCCUGGAUGCCUUCCUGAGGGAGCAGGAGGACCAGCUGGUGGCUGGGCAGCUGGUGGCCAUGCUGCAGGGCAUAGCAUCUGGCAUGAGCUACCUCAGUGACCAAAGUUAUGUCCACCGGGACCUGGCCGCCAGGAACAUCUUGGUGAGUCAGAACCUGUGCUGCAAGGUUUCUGACUUUGGCCUGACCCGCCUCCUGGACAAUUUUGAUGGCACCUACGAAACUCAGGGAGGAAAGAUCCCCAUCCGUUGGACAGCCCCUGAAGCCAUUGCCCACCGGAUCUUUACCACUGCCAGUGAUGUUUGGAGCUUUGGGAUUGUGAUGUGGGAGGUGCUGAGCUUUGGUGACAAGCCCUAUGGGGAAAUGAGCAAUCAGGAGGUAAUGAAGAGCAUUGAGGAUGGGUACCGGCUGCCCCCUCCCGUGGACUGCCCUGCCCCUCUAUACGAACUCAUGAAGAACUGCUGGGCCUAUGACCGUGCCCAUCGGCCCCACUUCCACCAGCUGCAGGCACAGUUGGAGCAAUUGCUUACCAACCCCCACUCCCUCCGGACCAUUGCCAACUUCGAUCCCAGGGUGACCCUCCGCCUGCCCAGCCUGAGUGGCUCAGAUGGGAUCCCCUAUCGCAGUGUCUCUGAGUGGCUUGAGUCCAUACGAAUGAAACGCUAUAUUCUACACUUCCGCUCAGCCGGGCUGGACACCAUGGAGUGUGUGCUGGAGCUGACUGCCGAAGACCUGACGCAGAUGGGGAUUACGCUGCCAGGACACCAGAAGCGCAUUCUUUGCAGUAUUCAGGGAUUCAAGGACUGAGUGGCUACCUGCAGGGAAUGACACCACCUGAGCCCUGCCCUCACCCCACUCUCUCCUCAGGGAGCACAGAUGGGGCCUGGUCACACAUCAUGCCCCUUCCCUUAACCUACCAGUCAUAGGCCGUCGGUGCUGCUCCUGCCCAUCCUUCUGGGAGGAACUUGCCUCUGGAUCUUGGGAUCCUUUUGGUAUUAAGUAGGGAGGUAGGGGGAGAAGUCAAAGGGUAAUUAUGGGGAGGGAGUGGGGAGGAGGGUUUAAUAUAUAAAUAUAUAUAAAUAUACAUAUAUAUUUUUGUAAAUAAACAAGA